AUGCAAAGUGAUGAUAAUGAUUGGUAGAAAGUUGUCUAGACUACAACCAGAAUUGAUUAAUAAAUAAAGAAUAUUAAAAUGAGAUUACAAUCAGCACUUACUCAAUUAAUCAUAUAAUCAGAAGAAUAAAAUAAAAUUACUAAUCCAGAUCCAAUCAUUCAAAAAACUAAUCCUCCUUUGAUAAUUCAACAUAAUAGUAGAUCAAUAGAUAAGAAGGAUAAACCUGCCUUAAGAUAAUGUGCAUCUAAAUCCCCUAUUCGUACUCCAGAUACUGCUGAAUGUCCAUCUCCAAUUUCCCCCUUUUCAAAUAAUUCAACCCUGAGAAUUCAAUUAAAAUAAGCAGAAUUACUUAGUCCUAAAUAUUAAAAUAUAUCUGAUAGAUUUCAUAUUGGAAAAUUCUUAGGCAAAGGAAAAUUCAGUGAUGUCUUUUAAGCAUAGUAUAUCUUUAAAUUAAGAUAGAGAGAAAACUUCAAAGGUUUUAGUUGCUUUAAAAGUGAUAUAGAAAAAUGUUAUUAGUAAAUAUAAAAUGGAAGCUUAAUUGGCACAUGAAAUAAAAAUACAAAGUUACCUUAAUCAUCCUAAUAUCUUAAAACUUUAUGGAGUAUUCUAAGAAUAAACUAAAGUAAUGGUACUUAUUUGAAAAUAGAUUAUAUUAAUACUUGAAUAUGCACCAGAUGGAGAACUAUAUAAAUUAUUAAAAAAACAGCCAAAUCGUAGAUUCACUGAAAAUAAAGCAGGAAAUUAUAUUGCAUAAAUUGUAGAAGGCAUUUCAUAUAUGCAUAAAAUGAAAGUUAUUCAUAGAGAUAUAAAACCUGAAAACAUUUUAAUUAGUCUAGUAUUUAAAUUGUUAUUCAUUUUUAGUAAUUCUUAAAAAUUGCAGAUUUUGGUUUAGCAACUUAUUCUCCUGAAUCAAAACCAAGGUAAUCCUUCUGUGGAACUAUAGAUUAUAUGUGUCCAGAAAUAGCUUCAGGAUAGGAUUAUGAUCAUUCUGUUGAUUUAUGGUCUAUAGGAAUUUUAGCAUAUGAAUUAACUACUGGAACUACUCCAUUUUAUUAAUCAUCUAAAGAAGAUACAAUGAGAAAAAUUAUAGAAGGAAGAGUAGAUUUUCCAAAAUAUGUAUCAAAUGAAUUAUAGGAUUUUACUAAAUGUUGUUUAAGAAAAGAUCCAUAAUAAAGACUUAGAUUAGAAUAAAUGGCUAUACAUAAAUGGAUAUAAAUGAAUCAUUAAUCAGGUGGUUAAUAUGAUAGAAUGUUAGUACAAUCUUUGGUGACAAUUUUGAAAUGA